UGCGGUCGCAACUGAGGCAUCUACCAUAGAAACGUAUGACAAUAGCAUAAAUUAUAAAUUGAUUUACCUGAAAAAAUAAGAAUGUCACCACCUCUAGGAACGUUCAGUGAUUGUAAGAAAACAGACCGCAUCAAUAUAGACCGAGUCGUUACGGAGAUAUCAGUUUCACAAGCGGAGCAGGUAGUGCGAAAAGUUGUUUUGAGAAAAUGAAGUUUCAUGCUAUUUUUACUGCAAAUCAGAAGGCUCCAGCAGUACUAUAGUCUUUUGUGCGGAGGUUCUCUUGCCAUUCUGGUGCUUUGUUUGAUGCACCUUGACUGCUUUAAACGAGUUUCGGGGCACUUUGAGACGGAUUUGACCAAAAAUACUUUGGGAUCACAUAGAAGACAGAUUUUUGUCACCAAAAAUGUUAUUUCCACAAAAAUCCGUUUUUUGUCAUUUUUCGAGGGUUGAUCCCGGCGUACCCCGCUUAAAUCGGGGCAGAUACCUUGCGAUAUCACAGGCAAAAGUAAAAAUAAAAAAAAGGACAUUGAGGGUUGUCUACAGGGUGAUCCACCAACCACGAUAGAAAGACGUAGUAAAUAACGUGGACAAUGGAGGGACAUACUGUCGAGGGAUUUUUCUGCCGGAACAUUUGUCACAUAUUGAUACAUACUGGUCUUAUCAGGUGCUAUACUGAGUAAAAUGACCGCAAGAAAUUCAUUUCCGCAAAGAAACCGUUAGGUUGACUCGGGAAAUUUCAGAGUUCAAUUCGUGAAAUUAAAUUUCCGUCAAUUGAAAUGAACUAAAUAUGGCAUCAAUAUGCGGCAGAUGUUCCUGGCAGAAAAAAGAUGCCUUGAUCGCAUGUCCCUCUGUUGCGUACGUUAUUUACUGUGAAAUACUAUCAUGGUUGGUGGACCUCCCUGUGUGUUUGAUACAGUGAUGUCACUGGGAUUGGCAGGCAGUUUGUAGAUGGCACUGGAGAUGCAUGCUUCCAGUUUUCAGUCUCAGCUUGGCUGGAUUGUCAGAUUGGUACGAAGUUCUGGUCGUGGGCUUGGGCAACAACACAUAGAGAGAGAAAGCCUGCUUAUUCGUCGACGUGAUGUAACAACUAACAGUCGGCCAAUUGGGAUCGUGUUUUCAACAGUGGCAGCCAAUCACGAACAUGCUUUCACCGGUCGUUUCCCAUGAAGACGAACCACCGUCGUCUGCGAGUGGUGAUUGAACGUCCCCACGUACUAAAUGGGAGAACUUGGAAAUAAAGCUCAAAACGGCCCCAAUCUUUCUCAGAAAUUAUUUGUCAGGAGAGGGCGUCGCACUUUUUGUCUAAAUAUUCGGGUCUGCAAGUUCCAAGUCAGCUGGAAUCAUUUGCUGGUUCUUGAAUUUGGAGAAUGGCGGAUCGCAGUAGCAACAAAUUCUGACUACAUAUGUCCACGUAGGGAAGGAAGGAGAGGAGGCAGUAAGCAGGCCUUUUGUAUCUAGGUGGCAUUUGCUCGGGCUUGUUCCAUGCCGGUGGUCACUUUCUUGCACUUCUUUUUUUUCCCCCUUCUUCCAGGUGUCGUGUUGUCUACUGUGUGAUGUGGUGUGGAUUGCUACCGUUGAAGCCUAUAGCCAUGUUCAACUUAAGAAGGAAAAGAAGUUUAGUCCACCAACUACGUACCUGUUGGAAAUAAGGAGACACAAUUUUGUCACCAGGGGAAAUACUGCAGCAGUACAAUGCUCCAUCAGUAGGGGAAAGCACUUUCUGAAGCAGAGUGAAAACAUAUCUCCUUUGUGUUCAUCUUCUGUCGUGAAAACUAAGUGGUCUCUGUAGGGAUUAGAGGAUUACAUCCCAUUAUUCUGCCAAGUCUACUGUACUGCGCGGGUUAUCCAUGAAGAAAAGCUAUCAGUAACACCUAGAACAGCACCACAUGGAACAAAAUGGACUGGGAGGCCCGAUGCUGAAGUAAAUUGAGAAAGACAAGGCUUCAGCUACAGAAAAGAAACCGGCUUGCAGCUUACAGGGACAGGAACAAUGGUCACCAAGUUCCAGCCCUUCAGGUUCACAACUCCAAGAAACGCACCUGUCCCCAAAGCUCAGCGGUCGGGUCGUGAGAGUGAAAUUGCAACCUCGUGAAUCUGCAUGCCUACUACAACAGGGCCACAUCCAGCACUAGCACUGCAGCGAGUCCACUUCGGGAGGCGAUAGUCAUGGCGCAGCAGCUGGGAUAGGAUACAAUAAAGGCUCAAGAUGACUCUUCAAAUGGAACAUCUGUUGAUAGAAGUGAAGACGGAGCCUUAUGACACCACAGUUUUGCCAGGACACGACCAAAUGGGACACAGCCGUAACUCAGCGACGGAAGAAGCAAGAACAAGUCCUGCUGUGCCUCAUAUUAAGGAUGAGCCCGAAGACAUUCGUGAUCCAGUGUCUUCAGAUUGCGACUCUUCAAGUGCCCAGUUCGCCGCUGAUACGUCAGCAGGUCAACCUGCAUUCAUCAACACCGUCCCAGUCACAGCGAACGGUCAACCCACGGUUUCCGAGCUCGGAGACAUCGGUGCAGGCAGCGGCGAGACCCGAGAGGCAGGUGCCACGUCUAUCUCCGACCACCAGGUGGUCAGGCUACACAAGUGCAGUGUCUGUUUGGUUACAUACAUUGAUAUUCGCCACGUGGAAGCUGACCUCAAACCUCACAGAGCAAAGUCGUUUACUUGCGACGCAUGUUCCGCGAAAGUCACUUACGUGUCAAUCCUGCGGACGCGCGCGAAAAGUCGCGCAGGAGAGAAGUUGUACAGGUGCAAGGCAUGCGCCCUUGUAUGCAUGUCGCAGGACAGCCUGAAACGCCACAUGCUUGUACACGCUCGUAAUGACUCUGAACAGCAUCCCGUCGCUUCAGAGGAUAAGGUGGAAGAGAAGAGCAUUCAGGAUGAUUCUUGUCCCGGUGAUACACCCUGCCUGCCCAGAAGUUCCGAGAUCCACGUCCAGAAACACGUCGGCGAUAAGUUGUACAAGUGUGACCUCUGUCCCGCGGGGUUCCGCGAUGCAAAGAACCUGCGGCAACAUCAACAGAUACACACCGGCGAGAAGCCACACAAGUGCGACCUCUGUCCUGCGGAGUUCAGCCGCGGGACACACCUGCGGCGUCACAGGCACACACACACGGACGAGAAGCCAUACAAGUGCGACCUGUGUCCUGCAGAGUACAAGGACAGCACGAACCUGCGGCGUCACAAACAGGCACACACUGGCGAGAGGCCGUACAAGUGCGAUCUGUGUCCUGCGAAGUUCACCAUCCCAUCCUGUCUGAGGGCCCACGUACGUACUCACACGGGCGAGAAGCCCUACAAGUGCGCCCUCUGUCCUGCGCGGUUCAGCCAGAGUGCAAACCUGAGGCGUCACGUGUGGACGCACACGAGUGAGAAGCCAUACAAGUGCGACCUCUGCCUUGCCAAGUUCACAGACCCCUACUGCCUGAGGGGUCACAUACGGACUCACACGGGAGAGAAGCCGUACAAGUGUGUUCUCUGCCCUGCAGGGUACAGCCACAGGACAAACCUGCGGCGUCAUGUGCAGGCACACAAGCGAAAAGCUGCACAAGUGUGACCUCUGUGUCCUGCAGAGUUCGGCCUGCAGCGUCACAAACAGGGACAUAUAUGGGAACAGUAAAAGUGCACGCUAUGUAGUGCCAUGUUUUGUCC